UUUUCCUCUUAUCUAUCUGUGUUGCCGGUUUCGAUCUGCCAUAUUUGCCUUCUACGCUCGACUUAAUACUGUUUCUAAAAUGGAACCAAGCAAUAUAAAAUCUAGGCCUACAAAGUCCACUACAAAUCAGCUGGAAUUCAUUAAGAAAAGUGUGGUCGGUGCUCUCCUUAAGGAGAAGAUUUCUUGGCCCUUUUCUAAACCUGUUGACCACCAGAAGCUUAACCUUCCUGAUUAUCCCAAAAUUAUUAAGUAUCCGAUGGAUCUCGGAACUUUGAAGCAAAGACUUAACCUUAAAUUUUACCAUUCGUCCUCUGAAUGUCUUGAUGACCUUUGGACUAUGUUCCGAAAUUGUUACGUCUUUAACAAACCCGGUGAUGAUAUUGUUGCCAUGGCAAUAAAGCUCGAACAGAUUGCCAGGGAACGAUUGAAGCAUAUGCCAACACCAGAAAUUGAGAUCAAUGGUCAGAAGUCGAGACCUGUGUCUUCAGCUCCCACUAAUGUCUCUACCGAUUCUAAUAUGUCCGUUGUCCAGUCCAACCACAUAGAGGAUUCUAUUGUUAAUGAAGUGCCUCAAUCUAUCCCUCAAAACCCCCCCGUCCAAGCUCCUCCUACAUCCAUUGCCAAGAAACCUGUAAAGAGAAAACAUGAAUCCGUUCUCGAUGAAUUACCCGCUACACCUCACUCUUCUGAUGAGAGUAAGCCCCUACAAUUAUUUGAUAACUUCGCAGAGCGGAGCGUGGGCAAGAGGCUACGGCUAACGGAGUCUCUUAAAGCGUGUAGUAAUCUUCUUAAAGAUCUUUCGUCUCAGAGAUAUCGCGAUCUCAAUCAUCUCUUCCUUAAGCCAGUGGAUGCUGCCGCCUUAGGAUUAUAUGAUUAUCAUGAUAUCAUUAAAUGCCCUAUGGAUCUUGGUACAAUGAAGCUAAAACUCGAGAAUGGGCAGUAUCACUCGAAGCAUGAGUUUGCAGAAGAUAUGCGCCUAAUGUUCCUAAACUGCUACAAAUACAAUGGGGAGGAGAGCGAUGUUGCGAAAAUAGGAAAAGCUCUCCAAGCCACCUUUGAAGAGCACUAUAACAAGUUACCCGAUGAUGAGCCU